AUGACCUUACUUGACCUGACCCAGUUACUUGACCUAUUUCUGGUGGCCCAAUUAUACCCCACGUCAGAUUAUCAUCAUCACGUCGUCACUCCGACCAUGCUGUUCAUGUCGCAACUGCUCUCCCAGUAUGUCAGGCUAUCAAAGCGAUUCAUGCCUGAAGCUGUUCAAUUUCUAAAAACCGUUUUAAUAAUGCAUACCGACCUAAACACAGAGGAUAAACAGAAGUCUUCGUUAUUGAGAGUUGAGGAUUUCAAUUUGUUGAAAUCCAAGCCUAUAGAAACGUUCAAUCCAUCACCUUUCAAUCUAUCUCAUCUGAUGGCUGCUGACUCGCGAGCCUUCCUUCAAUCUGAUGAUUUCAAAAUGACAACGUUGUGGUACACUCUUGUUCUGCUUAGAAAGUUCACGAAAUUAUACGCCGACCUGCCAUCUGUCACUCAGAUAUUUCAACCAAUCAGAACUCACCUUCAAAGUGUCACUAAUGAAUUAAUGCACACGGAAUGCAUAAAGAAAUUAGCCAGUGAGUUAACAAAUGAUUUGGAAUCAUUCAAAAAGCCAUGGCAGCCAUUGGUCAGACCAUUGACCAGGCCUCAGCCAAUCAAACAGUUCGAACCAAGAGUUGCAGAGAAGUUUGAUGGUCGCAAAAAAAUUGUUGGUCACAAGGACUUCCAAGCCCGCAAGAGGGAGCAGAUCAAAUACAAAAAACUCAUGAAAGGUUCUGAGAAAGAGAUUAGGAAAGAUCAAAGUUUCCUCUCUGAGCAUAUUUUCCAGGAAAAAAUAAGAUUGAACAAGGAACGCGAGGACAAAACGAAAAAGAUUCUGAAUUCUCUGGCUCAACAGGAAGGUGACUUCAAAAGCAUGCUGAAGCGUAAGAGGAAAGCCGAUACUACUGCUGCUGCUGGCCCUGAUAAAAAAGGGAAAGUUGUUAAAUUUUAAGGAGAAUUUGUUAUGAACUAUUUGUUUAUUCAUUGUACUUUUUUUCUAGAACUCUUACAUAGUUUUAUUUUGAAGAUGUUUAUUAAAAAAAAUUAGAGAAAGGUG